AGCGGGGCUGCGGCCCCCGGUGUCCCCGCGGGAGCCGCCAGGGGGCGCUGCGGCGGGGCGGGUGCGCGCGCACGCGGUGCGCCAUGGCGGUGGCGGCGGCGGCGGCGGGACGGGCCCUGCCGGGACGGGCCCUGCCGGGACGGGCCCUGCCGGGGCUCCCGCUGCUCCCGGCCCGCGCCUGCGAACACGCGGCGGGCUGGGACCGGCGGGAGCGCUCCUACUGGCGGGCGCUGCGGCGCCGGGUGCUGGGCCCGCCCGUGCCGCCGUUCGCCGCCCCGGUGCAGGUGGGAGCCCCGGUGCUGCGCGGCGCCGCCGCCGCCGUGUCCCCGGAGCAGCUGGGCGGCCCCGAGCUGCGGCGGCUGGCGGCGGCGCUGGCGGCCGGGCUGCGGGGCCGGCCGUGCCUGGGGCUGAGCGCUCCGCAGCUCGGGGUGCCGCUGAGGGUCUUCGCCGCGGAGCUGCCGCCCGCCCGCUGCGCCCGGUACCCGCCGGCGCUGCGCCAAGCGCACCGCAUCGAGCCCUUCCCGCUCCGCGUCCUCGUCAACCCCGCCAUCCGCGUCCUCGACACCCGCCUCGUCACCGGCCCCGAGGGCUGCGCCAGCGUCCACGGCUUCUCCGCUUACGUCCCGCGGCACUGGGCCGUCCAUGUCUCCGGUGUGGACGAGCUGGGGGUGCCGGUGAGCUGGGAGGCGGUGGGCUGGGCUGCCCGGAUCAUCCAGCACGAGAUGGACCACCUGGAUGGGAUCCUCUACAUCGACCGCAUGGACACCCGCACCUUCACCAACGUGGGCUGGAUGGAGCUGCUGGACUGAGCCUGGGCAAAGAACCAGCGCAGCUCUGGGGGCUCCCACUCAGCUUUAUUGCAGCCAAUACAGACCUGUGGCCUCA